UAAAAUUUAAGUUGAAAUGCAAAGCUCAGCCAGCAGUCGCUCCGAAUUGGCGGAUGCCCCGUUGGUAGACAAUGAGACGACCCUCGACCAGAUGAAGAUGAUGCGGUUCAUCGAAAAGAAUCUGAUUAUAGUGACCCCGCCAGGGGAGAAGGAGGAGUUGUCCGCCAGAUUCCUGACCAGCUUCGCUUUUGUCACCUUUAAGCAAAGGUCGCCUGGUCUAAUCCGGGAUUUAAUCACUUUUCUGCGGGAUCGAGAGCCAGAAAUUAUAAAGGAGUGCGGAGACUAUGCCCACUUCGAUUUGAAGCGCACCAUGUGGAGCCUAGAACUGCUGCGCGAAGACAUCAUUAACAACGAGGAGUUCCAGAUAUUCCGGGUUAAGGCUCCGGACACUCAGAGUUGGAAUACCUUUCUUAUGGCUCUCACCGAAGAUCGAAAGCAAUGGUUCUCUGCCGUUUGGCUGCACGCCGAAUGUUAUAUGUAUCGCCGCAUCUGGUCGAUCUUUCAACGCUCAGAAACCCUGGUUAACUAUGAUUACUUUGGCGACCAAAAGACUUCGGCCGCCAGGAAUACGACUCCGUUAAUGAGGAAUAUCCUGAAGGAAACCAGAAAGCUAAGUCGCAGCAAGGAGAACUUUCAGCGUCUACUUAAACUAUCCACUUGGGCCAAUCGCUGCGACUUGUCUAACACAACGAGAAAGCCGGAUGCUAGAUUAUUCAAAAGGAUUCCUAAAUACGAUGCACAUCUCUUGGCCGAUGAGUCGGCAGAUGUAUGGAAAGAUCUCGAAGAAGCCUGCGAUCCCGUCUACGUUGACAUUGUGUGUGAUAAUGCAGGUUUUGAGCUCUUUGCCGAUCUCCUGCUGGCCGAGUAUAUCAUUGAAUCGGGCUUGGCUCGUCGGGUGCGGUUCCAUGUGAAGGCUAUUCCCUGGUUUAUAUCCGAUGUUACCCAUCAGGACUUUCGCUGGAUGAUUAAAUACUUUCGCACGCACGACUCUCCGGAACUAAGGGCUUUUGGAAGGAAGAUACAAGGUUACAUCCGGGAUCGAUCCUUUAUCCUGUGCGACAAAAAUUACUUCUGGACAAGUGGAUACGAUUGCAGUCACAUGAAGCAGGUGCAACCUUGUCUGUAUGUCUUCAUCAGUGAGGCAGCCCUCGUAAUUUUUAAAGGCGACCUCAACUACCGGAAACUUCUGGGCGACAUUAACUACAAGUCCACGUCCCAUUUUUCCCAAUGUCUUCGUGGUUUUGAGCCAACCAGCGUUUGUGCCCUGCGAGUUAUUAAGUCGGAUAUUUACUGCGGGCUGCCAGUUUGCACCGUUGAGUGGCUAACCGAAGACAAUCCCCAAUGGAUGACCACUGGCGAGAAGGCGGUCAUUCAAGUGGCCGUCAAGCAUCGACUCUCGAGUGACAUUAUUGUUUAACUUUAAAGGAAUACAUACAUUAGUUCUUCUUGGAUAUCGCAA